GAAGCGGUGUCUGCCUAUGGAAGAUGUGAACGCCAGCGCAGCGGGAAAGCAUCCGCGGCUUGCUCGGGAAAUAGACAGACGGUUGGAAAAGAAGCUGAAGAUCACGCAGAAGGAAAGAAAGUCAAAAUCUCCUCCUAAAGUGCCGAUCGUGAUUCAGGACGACAGCCUUCCCACAGGUCCUCCCCCGCAGAUCCGCAUCUUGAAGAGGCCGACGACCAACGGCGUGCUCAGCAAUCCCAACUCCGCCAGCAGGCCGGCCUUCCCCGUCAAAUCCUUGGCGCAGAGGGAGGCGGAAUACGCGGAAGCCAGGAAGCGAAUACUGGGCAGCGCGAGCCCCGAAGAAGAGCAGGAGAAACCCAUUCUGGAUAGGCCGCCGAGGAUCUCGCAGCCGGACGACACCAGACAACCCAACAAUGUGAUCAGACAACCGCUGGGUCCCGAUGGCUCACAGGGCUUCAAGCAGCGCAGAUAA